AUGGCCUCCAUCCACGACAAGCUGGCUCAAGCCAAGUACGAAGAGAAGCUCAAGGCUACCAUCCUCGGUGAGUUCAUUGGUGAUCAGUCACCAGACAUGACGUUUGACGUUGUGACUGGCUUCGACGACAACGAGAAGCCCACCAUGCUCGCCUGGGUCAUCUCCUACAACAAAUUAGAUUGCGGCAAACUAGAUUGGGAGCCUUUUAUGGGUUCCGAGAAUUGCUCGAGCAUAGAGGAUGCCUAUCAGUCGCUAAUUCGGGGCUUACAAUCCAAAUUGGUCGAUCUGAUGGGUUAG